UCCAUCUCUCCAAGUCUCUUCUUCUGGCAUGGCAGGAAUGACUGGAAUGGAAUUAAAUAGAUUUGAAAUAUAGCCAGCUGGAGAGAGCUCAGUUGCUGUUGGAUUUGAAGAAUAUGGAAUUAGUCUUGGGGGAUUCUGCUUUUAAAGAAUGGAUGGCUUUAUUGAGAUUUCCCAAUAUCUCAGUCGCUGACCAGUGCUGGUCGGACAGUGUUGUUGACUGGUGAAUCGGGUUAUGUGAGAUCUGUAUUUUUAGUAACAAUCCGUGCAAUUAAUAUUUGUAUAAAGAAAUCUUGUGGAAAUAAUUAACGUAUACCUGGAAUCGAAAAUGAACUGGGCGUCCUUUUAUGCCGUCAUCAGCGGUGUAAACAGACACUCCACGGGCAUCGGUCGCAUCUGGCUCUCUGUCCUCUUCAUCUUCCGCAUCCUGGUCCUGGUGGUUGCAGCAGAGAGUGUGUGGGGCGAUGAGAAGUCUGGCUUUACUUGUAAUACCCAGCAGCCCGGCUGCAACAGCGUCUGUUAUGACCACUUCUUCCCCAUCUCACACAUCCGUCUGUGGGCCCUGCAGCUCAUCUUGGUGUCCACCCCGGCCCUGCUGGUGGCCAUGCAUGUUGCCCAUCGCCGACACAUCGACAAGAAGCUCUAUAAACUGUCUGGCCGGGCCAGCCCCAAGGACCUGGAGCAGAUCAAGACCCAGAAGAUGAAGAUCACAGGUGCCCUCUGGUGGACAUAUAUCAUCAGCCUGUUCUUCCGCAUCAUCUUCGAAGUGACCUUCAUGUAUCUCUUCUACAUGAUCUACCCCGGCUACAAGAUGAUCCGCCUAGUCAAGUGUGACUCGUACCCCUGCCCCAACACGGUUGACUGCUUUGUGUCCAGGCCCACAGAGAAGACUGUCUUCACUGUGUUCAUGCUGGCUGUGUCAGGGAUCUGUAUCCUGCUCAACAUCGCAGAGGUCGUCUUCCUGGCAGGGAAGGCUUGCGGUAGGCACUUAAGCAAUGCUGGAGACUCAACCAUGGGGGCAUGGAUCACCCAAAAGCUCUGCUCUUACUAGAACAAACUGAACGGACCAUGGCAGUAUAACUCUAAUUGGUUACAUAACAUGCUCAAAGCUCAAAGUAAGGGCCUUAACAACACUCAUUAAUCUGCUUACUUCACCAUGAUGAGGUGUCGACACUUUUUCUAUACUUGUUGAAAUGACACUUCAAAUGGACAAUAUCAAUUUGGAUAAAGACACAAGCUCGACAGAAGAGGAGACUGUACGGUAAAAGUACGGUAAACUGAUGUAUUAAUGUGCCCUUAACUUGCAACGCCUCAAAUUCAGCUGAAUUCAAUAUACCGUCUUCGGUAUGGUCUGCAAGAUUCAAGCAACUAAACCAUCUCAUCAUCUAUUCUAUAUCCUGAUUUAAUUCCUGACAGCCUGUUUAAUGCGGCGUGCUUAGGACAAAGCCUGGGUAUGGGUUCAAUUGUCCAUUGUAAAUAUUAACCCAAGAGAACUGUCCAAGUGGUUCAUUUCACCAACAUCUGGUGGUUGUAGUGGAGUAUUACUAAUAACUAUGAGGCCAUUCCUAAGCACCACUAAUAACUACCUCACUUUCAUAGUGAAAUAUCAAGUGGGUGCUUCAAGACAUCUGAAUGGUGCUUUGAAUUCUAUGAAUGAGACUGAUUAUGCAAGUGUAUAGAGUCAUAUAGAAUGGAUAACGAAUGAGAAAAUGUGCUUAAUUUUCAAAGUUUAAGUUACGAUGGUAGAACCGAAUGAUCAGAGAACAUGUUUAAAUGUCUAUCUCAUUGUUUUUCUUACCAGUAUAUACAGCAUUGCUGUAUAAGGAUAAUAGAUGUUUAGAAUGUGUGGUACUGUAAAGGUUUUACUUCAUAAUAUAUAUAGCAUUUUAGUCCCUGUUUUGUUGUAUACCAUGCCUUCUUAUAUUGAAUGUCUUGCACUGGUUUUUAUUGCUGUACCUAAUAAAAUGAGAAAUUCCUAAUAAAA